AUGGCGGCGGCUGAGGAGGGGAAAGCGGAGGGGAAGAUGGGGGCGGCGGAGGAGAGGGAGAGGGAGAGGGAGCGCUCCUAUCCUGACCCCUCCGACCCCUUCAUUGAGGUCAAAUUCGGCAAUAAUUUCGUGGACAUUCCCUCCAACGCCGACGAGAGCCCCGCCUGGUCGCUGCUCGUCGGCGUCAAGAGCGGCGCCCUACGCGUCCACCGUUUUCACGUGGCGAGAUCCGGGCGGAUCUCAGGUCGGAGCGACGACGAUAUCCAGGUCUUCCACGACCUCAAGAAGCGGCAGGGGUGCAGCUCGGGCGCCAGCGCAACCCUGGCUCCUGACGGCCGCUCGCUCUGCCUCCUGCAGCUGGUCGAGAAUGCGCAAGCCGACGGCCUGCAGCUGCUGCUGCCGGCCGAGGAGGAACCGCCGGCCGAAGUAGCGCUUCCCCCGCUGGAUCCAAGCAUGCGUGGCCGGUGCAUGCCCAUCUCCGCCGACGGCCACAUAUGGGCCGUGUCCGCCACCUACUCUUCUUGCACCAGUUACUGCAUCCGAGUACAACGCCUGGUCAUUGAAGAGGAAGAGGGCGCAGCCACACAACAUUGGGAGCAGGUCGGGAUCCCCUUGGUCCAACUUUGCAAAUUCGAGCCCUACCGUGGGAGCAUAUGGGGUCCUGACUUCCUCCAGGGCUACGCGGUGCUCCCUGGCCAUGGCCGUGAGGGGAGCACCCUCAUCCUGCUCUCCCUCCAAAACGGCCUUUUCUUCACUUUCAACUGUUCCUCCGCUGACUUGGGCUGGACCAAGGUAACCCAAACCUCAGACGCCAAGGACUACGUCCCUAUCCUUGGCCGUGGCCUCUAUGCACAAGAAAGCAAUGCCAUCUACAUGCUCCGCAAAGAUGCGAUCUAUGCAUACAAGCUGGGAUAUGAAGAGGGAAGUCUGAAGAUGGAUCCCCCUGUGGACAUUAUAUUUCCUUAUGUUGACAGAAGCACAGCCCAUGGCUUCCUCACCCAUCUGGGCUCUGGGGUCAUGUGCUCUGUCUUGAUGAGUGUGGGGCUCCCAUGCUGGCCAGACCACCUACACGCCAUUAUCACCACCUUCCACCUUGGUCCUGACCCCUCCCAUAUCAAGGUCCUGCACUCCACCUCCCGCCAGGUGGACAUGUUACCCAUGAAAGACAUCAAUGAAUUUGAAUUCUCCUUUCUCCAAGAGUAUAAGGAUGACAAGGUGCGUCAUCAAGUCCAUGAAGUUCAUGAUGCAGAGGAAGUCCAUGAAGAGGAAGUGCUUCAUGAUCCUUGCAUGUCUUGCAGGCAUCUUUUACCACCAGGUCCUCCUGCUCCCUAUGUGAAGCCACAUAUGGACAAUGAGCUCUUGUUUAUCAUCUGCCAAGCUGGUUCACAAUCAUUUAUCUAUAAAACAAGUCUCAUGGAUCUGAGUCCAGAUCUGAGUUCAAGGUUAGGAAUAGCGACUCCUCUCAAGCCACAUUACAUUGUACAUGGAGAUGAUUGUGGUCCGAGGCAUUUUUUUCUCCUUGACUCAAAACUACAUGCUGUCUCGUUCCUAAAAGAUGGUAUGGAUGUGCUUAACCUGGACACCAGAUGUGAGCAUUUAGAUUUGCAAGCACGGCGGCCUGUUUCUCCUAUUGAUCCUUUUGUCAUGGUUAUCCAAGUUGGUAGGACAACUCUUGCUCUUACUGAAACUCUCCAAGUUUACCGUAAGGCCUUCCUUGUUUGUCCUCCUGGAUCCAUCUCAUGGGUGCGCUGCAUGACAGAUCACUCUAAUAUUCUUGACAGGAAGGUUGAGCUGUCCGGAUAUGUAGUAGUGAGUGAUAAUUCCUUUGUAGUCUGUGAUACUCUCACAUGUUCUUGUUUUCACUUUGACCUGGAUUCCAAGAAGUGGCAUCUUGUUAUGCCUUGGGCUCCAUGGGGAAAAUACCUGCCAAGGGAUAUGUCUAGAUACCGCUUUCUAAAUGGCAAAUGUGUAUUUGUGGAUGGUUUUAUCUACACAUGCUCAGGAAAAGGGCUUGCUGCUUAUGAACUAGUCGAUGAAGAUCAUUGUGUGUACCUAGAUAUCCCAAUAUUUUUGCCACUCUCAUGGGAAAGUGAAAAUUGGAAGACUGAAAGGAUGUGUUUGGAUUAUGCUGGCAAAGAUGUCAACUCGGGUGCCAUCUUGUUUUGGGUGGUGCAAGGUUUGCAAAUCAAGCACCGUGACCACCAUAAUACGUUAUGGAUCACAGCAGUGGAGGUUGAGACUGAGAAAACACCCAGGAAGAGCAUGAAACCGGUUGGAAUUAGGCAUGUAGUCUCUGCUACACGUCUCAUUGAUCAAGAGGAAACCAUCGAUCAAAAGGAAGUAAUCAGUACCAGAUGCUGUGCUCUCUCUUUCUGA